AUGGCUGACGAAACGCCCAAGGAAGUCAUCAAGACUAAGAGCAAUGACCUUAUUAAUUUGAAGGUGGCAGGGCAGGAUGAUUCUGUGGUGCAGUUUAACGUUAAGAGGCAUACACCACUUAGUAAACUAAUGAAAGCCUAUUGUGAUGCACAGUCCGAAAUGGAGGAGGAUCCAACUGAGGUGUUCCAGCAGCACACAGGUGGUGUCUACUAA